AUGUCUUUUCAAUUAAAUAGAGAUCAGAAUUCCGUCAUGAUACAAAAAGGAGAAUUGAAUCGAAAAAAUAAUUUAAAUUUUGAAAGAUGUUUAGAUUGUGAUAAAGAAAAAAGCAAUAUCGGAUUGUGUAAAGAAUGUGAAAUAAAUGCUUUUAAAGAAAAUUUUAAAAAUUGGACAUGUGGUAAUCUUGAAAUCGAUAAUUUUAUUAGACAUACUCAAUUAAAUUCAACUGGAAGUGAAGAUUACUUGGAAUUUAUUGAAUUUGAGCAAUUUGAUCUUGUUGAAAACACAUAUAAAGGCGGAGCCUUUAGUACAAUUUUUUCAGCAAUUUGGAUAGAAGGUCCUCGAU